AUGGCUGAUUUCACCAUCGACCGCGCAACGACUGCCCUGCUCAUCGCUGAUUUCUACGCCGAGGCUAUGGGCAGCCUGCCCCACGCCGUGGAGCGGGGUGUGGUGUCGCGUACCGUCGGCCUCCAGAGUGUCGCCCGCGAGGCUGGCCUGAUGGUCUGCUACUGCGCCACGGUGUUCCGGCCCGGGUAUCCCGAAAUCAGCCAGCGCAACAAGACGUUCAGCGCCCGCAAAGCGUCGGGCCAGCCGGCGGUCUUCGACCCGGUUUCCAUCAUCCAUCCCGACGUGCGCCCACGCGACGAUGAGGUGGUCGUGGGCAAACACCGGGUCAACGCGCUUUUCGGCACCGGCCUCGACGUCGCGCUGACCGCGAACAAUAUCGACACGAUCAUCCUGCUGGGAUACGCGACCAGCGGAGUCGUACUAUCCACCACCCGUUUCGCCUCGGACCGCGAUUACCGCCUUUAUAUCGUCGAGGAUUGUUGCGCCGAUAGUGAACCGGACGUGCACAAUUUUCUCAUCGACCGAAUUCUCAGCCGUCAGGCGGACAUCGUCUCUGCUGACGAGGCCAUCGCGGCUAUCCGCGCCUCCUGA